AUGUCUUCUUUCACAUUUUCCGCACAUCGGAGCAAAAAAGCAACUUAUUGUGCAAUAGAGCCAGAUUUCACAAUUUUAUCAAAGAAAAAUGCUUGUGUGGAGACAAUUAUAACUAUGAGGGAUAUGAGGCGAAUGAUAAGCAUAGAAAAUAUUCAGAAAGAUUCUGUUGUCUUUCUGACAUGGAGCGAUUUGCAUAAAGCUUUUAAAUUAUUUAGUGUGUCACCGAUGUUAUAUUUUGUCAAAGAAAGUUCGCUACGGCGAAUUGGUAUUGUACUGGAAAAUACAGACAGUCGGCCGAAUUGUUUGAUUGCAGUUGUUGCUAGCAUGGAAUGUUGUCAAAUACGCAAAAGUUCCAAUAGGUCUGGAUAUGGAUUGGCGAUGGGCGAACGUUUUUACCGCGUGGAAGUGGACUUUACCUACUAA